UUUCUGUAUUUUGUGAGAAGUAUUUUUAACCUUAAUUUGUUUUUUCCACUCAAAAUAUCUCUUAAUCUCUUAUUCUCUAAUUUUCAAUAACAUUCCAAAGAUCAGUAGUCAAGGAAGUGGAAUUUGCUCAGUAAUAAACUCCCUCAUAUGAGAAAUCCAAUACAAAAUUGUUAGUAAUGAUGGCAUCAAAAUUUUUCAAAUCUGUAAUAUUAGGACCUCCUGGAUCAGGAAAGGGUACUAUAUCAGCAAGAAUAGUAAAUACAUUUAAUUUAGAACAUGUUUCUAGUGGAGAUCGGCUUCGUCAGAACAUUAAAGAAAGGACCUCAAUUGGUUUAGAAGCUGAAAAAUACAUUAAAGGUGGAAAACUUGUACCCGAUGAUGUUAUGAUAAAGUUUAUAUGUGAAGAUUUGAAACAAACAAAAUCUGGGUGGCUCCUUGAUGGCUUUCCAAGAACUGAAGCUCAAGCACAAGCCCUAUGGGAAAUACACAAAUUAGAUAUAGCCCUCAAUUUGGUUGUUCCAUAUUCGGUUAUAAUCGAUAGGAUAAAGGAUAGAUGGGUGCAUUUGCCUAGUGGGAGAGUUUAUAAUCAAGGUUCAGCGAGUUUUAACCCACCCAAAAUACGUGGUAAAGAUGACGUAACAGGUGAACCACUCGUACAAAGGGAUGAUGACAAGCCAGAAGUAAUAAAAAAACGAUUAGAACUCUAUGAUCAAAUGACAAAACCUGUAAUAGAAUUUUAUAGAAGAAAAGGCAUUCUACACGAGUUUACUGGAAAUACUUCUGACGAAAUCUGGCCAAAGGUGCUUGAUUGUCUUGUUGCAUAUAUUCCCCUACAAAUUACAAAAAGAGCUUAGUUCUUUUCAAAUAGAUUAUAAAUUAUUUAAAAUAUGUAUAUAAAAGGGUUUUGUAUUGUAGCGUUUCUACCAUUUGUUAAGGUGUGAAUUAAAAUACUGGAUGUACAAAAAGA